AUGAUAAAUCUCGAAGUUUUUGAAAAUGAAUUAUUACUUUAUCUAUUCGAAUUUAUUAAUCCAUUAGAUUUAUUUCGUGAAUUAAAAAUCGUUUGUCAAAAUUAUAUUCCAUUGAUUUAUGAUAAAAUUAUUUAUCUUCAUCUGUCCGAUGAUGAUGGUACACCAGGUCAAGCAGCUGAUUUUUUUAAUUAUAAUAUUAAUCUUGAUCAAUUUACAUCUUUAAAAGUUUUAACAUUAUUUCGUAUUGAAUUACAUCAAAAAAUUGAUGAAUUUUUUUCUUUUGGCAUACAGCAACUUCAACAUCUGAUACAUCUGAAAUUUGUUGAUUGUUGUUUGAAUUCAGACGAUGUGAAAAAAGCAACACAGAUGAUGAAUCAAAUCUGGAGUCUACCCAAAUUAAUCUAUUGUUAUUGGGACGUAAAACCGAAUGGUGAUGUCUAUUUUGUUCUUCCUACAGUUAUUUCAUCAUCUUUACAACAUUUAUAUAUUAGAAAUCCGGAAUGGACAUCCAAACAAUUAACUCAUUUGAUGAUGAAGACACCUUAUCUUCAAUAUUUUUCUACAACAUUCAUUGAUUUUACUUCUAAUUUCGAUAAUGAUAAUGAAAACAAAACGUUACCAUCAUUAGGAAACUUACCAAUGAAAAAACUUAAAUUAAAUAAUGUUUGGUCACGAAAUAUAUUGGUGAAUCUUCUAUAUAUGAUGCCAAAUUUAUAUUAUUUAAAUAUUCGAGCAUGGACAUUUUAUAUUAAUGGACAUGAAUGGAAAGAAAUUAUUGUCAAAUAUUUGCCAAAUCUAAAAAUAUUUCGGUUAAACAUAUUGUUCAAUCUUAACAAUAAUAUAACAAACGUGAAAAAGCAAAUCAAUAAACUAUUAGAUGCAUAUCGUAGCCCAUUUUGGAUUGAAGAACAUCAAUGGUUUAUUGGAUGUCUUUGGACAGAACCCAAUGAUGACAAACUUAUUUGUUUAUAUUCAUUACCAUUCUCUUUUGAACAAGUUCCACAAAAUGUUCUUCAAGGAAAUUAUCGUACUAAAUCGACCUGUCCAUCUCGUAUCAAUUUUUCGUAUGAUCAUGUUCAUUGUCUAUGGUACAAUUCUUCGUUGUUUACAAACACAGAAUUUUCUCGUGUACAAUUUAAUUAUAUGAAAGAUCUUGAACUUGAACUACCGUUUGAUUAUAAAGUUUUAUCAAUCAUCUCAAACUUUAAUCAUUUAUUAUCACUCACAUUAUCACAUUUGAAUCAUUAUCCAUUACAAUUACAAUCGUUAUUCGACAAAAUGCCUCGUCUAUUAUCAUUGAAAUUUCGAUCAUGGUUCAUAGAAGAAAUGCCUCCAUUCGAUAUUAAAUGUCCAUCAGUUCGUUAUCUUGAUCUACAAGGAGUUAACAAAUUCCGUCGUACUCAUUGUUUCAAUAUUCAACAAUGCGAAAUGUUGAACAAGUCACCUCUAGGCAUGCAAUGUGAAGAACUUCGAAUUGAAGUAACAGAUAUACAGAGUAUAUUAGAACUUGUAUAUAUGAUGAAGAAUCUUCGAACACUUUAUAUUACAUAUUUUCAUGAUUCACGAAGUCAUCAACCUGAUGCUGUUAACGUGAUACAGCAUCAUGCGCCACCGACAACAAUCGUGACACGAAAAACUUAUAGAUUCAUUACUAUUCGAUUGUAA